CGCCCUCGGUCCGGGGAGUCCCCUCCGCGCCCUCCCGCCGCCGCCCAGCGAGAAAUGGCCUCUCCCGAGGAGGACGCCUGCCUCCUUGAGGUUGAUUCCAAAGAUAGUUCCCAUAACUCCAUCAACUCUGAGUUUGCAGCUAAAGCUGAGGGUCAGAAUGAUGUGAUGGAGGAGCCGGACAAGAUCCAGAAGAGGAAAAGGGAUAGGCUUCGAGACCAGGGCUCCACUGUCAUCUACCUGAAGGCCAUCCAGGGCAUCCUGGGGAAAUCGAUGCCCAGAAGGAAGGGAGAGGCUGCAGCCCCAAGGGUGAAGCCAAGUCCGGGAGAGCAAGGACCAGCCCGGAGUGUCUCCCUCACUGCUCCCCAGAAGAAGAGAGAGCCAUCCCCACAGGUCAAGGUGGAAGAGGAAAGGCCUGUGCUAGACAGGGGCAGCUUCUGUGACAGGAGAGUGGUUAUAGACCCUCAGGAGAAACCCUGUGCUGAGCCUCUUGAAGGCCAAAGAACAGUCGUUAACAAGCCUUCUCCACCCCUAGAGUUUGUGGAUGACGUUGACUCGAGUGUAGAAACCCAGAAGCAUAAAGACAGGGAGGUGGUGCUGGAGCACACCUCUUCAGGAAGCGACUGGUCUGAUGUGGACGAUGUCACCACAGUCAGAUUCUCUCAGGAGGAGCCCACCUCACUGAAAUACUCAGCAGUUCCAGAACCUUCUUCCUUUCCCACUGACUAUGUCAUGUACCCUCCUCAUUUGUAUAGUAGUCCUUGGUGCGACUAUGCCAGUUACUGGACCAGCAGCCCCAAGACUGCAGGCUGCCCCUCUGUAUGCAGCAGCAGCCAUGACACAGUGCAGGCUGGGAAGAGGAGCUGCAGCCUCCUGUGUGAUGAUUCCCCCAGCCCCGCAGAGGGUGCCCAGAAUACCUCCAGAGAUCUAAAGGCCACAGACAAAGGCAGAUCGAAGAAUUCUCGCUCAUUUUAUUUCUCCAGAAGCUCUGGAGACAGAGCUCCAGAAGCUCUGAAGGAGAAAAGAACAUUCCGAGAGGAGACACCACCUCGUUUCAGUGGAGGACACACAUCUACUUUCCUGCCGAGGAGCCAGCAGGAUCCAGGCCUGGAGGAGGGCUUCAUUGAUACCCAUUGUCACUUGGACAUGCUCUACUCCAAGCUGUCUUUUAAAGGGACCUUCACAAAGUUCAGGAAAAUGUAUAGCAGCUCCUUCCCUAAGGAGUUUCAGGGCUGCAUCUCAGACUUCUGUGAUCCUCGGACCCUGACAGAUUGCCUGUGGGAGGAGCUAUUGAAAGAGGAUCAGGUUUGGGGGGCCUUUGGCUGUCACCCUCAUUUUGCCCGGUACUAUAGUGAGAGUCAAGAAAGAAAUCUUUUGCAAGCCUUAAGGCACCCCAAGGCUGUGGCAUUUGGGGAAAUGGGCCUGGAUUACUCUUACAAGUGCACCACACCUGUCCCAGAACAGCACAAGGUAUUUGAGAGACAGCUACAGCUGGCUGUCUCUCUAAAGAAGCCCUUGGUCAUCCAUUGCCGAGAAGCUGAUGAAGAUCUGCUUGACAUCAUGAAAAAAUUUGUGCCCUUUGACUACAAGAUCCAUAGGCACUGCUUCACCGGCAGCUACCCAGUCAUCGAGCCUCUGUUGAAGUACUUCCCCAACAUGUCUGUGGGCUUCACUGCAGUGCUGACAUACUCUUCUGCCUGGGAGGCCCGGGACGCUCUGAAGCAGAUCCCCCUGGAGCGAAUCAUUGUGGAGACUGAUGCUCCCUACUUUCUCCCUCGCCAGGUUCCCAAAAGCCUUUGCCAGUAUGCCCACCCUGGCCUGGCCUUGCACACGGUUCGAGAGAUUGCCAGGAUUAAAGAGGAGCCACUGUCCAACACCUUGGCUGCUUUGCGUGAGAACACCAGUCGCAUCUACAGCCUGUAAGCCAGAGGAGGCAAGCAGGAGCCUUGGAAAAGGUCAUGCUGUUCACAUGAUGUGCUUUUAGACAUCAGGCCAAGCAGGUCUUUGGCUACAUUUUCUUAAUGUACAGAAUAUAAACAGGGUGAGCAUGAAGCCUGAUUUGUCUUGUGUGAACUUGGCCUGGAACCUUCUUCCUUUUCUCUUUCAAAUCUCCAGGGUGACCAGCAGCCUGACCAAACAUGGGCUGGGUCCGAACUUUGCCUGUGUCCCAGGUCAAGGAUGUGACUGCAGAGCCUUUUGGAACAGAAUACCAAGAUUGGACAUUGUCCUCAGAACUCCGUGCUAAGGCUUCAGCUCCUGGCUGAACAAGCACGCUGGUCCUCUCCAGGCAUCUCCCUUGCCUUGGUCUCUGUGUUUCCUCUUAGAAGUCGGAGUUCUGCCAUCUCUCUGCUGUGCCUUCUAAUGGGACUAUUGCAGGUCCGAGAGGUCCUGGUGGUCAAGGAAUAAAAUGCAAGGAGACUCACGCACUUUGUUAAAAGCAAUCCUCAUCCUGAUCUGCCCCCUGGAGUCCCUUAUCUUGUUUGUUAGAAGCUUAUGUUAUAAAAUCCUUCACUGAUUGGGGAUUUCUAGCUGUGUAUGGAAGGGACAUUUGAACCUCGUGAGGCCAAGCGGAAUGGAUAUUUCUUACCAGAAGUUGGCCUAGAUCACUGUCCAUCUCCCAUGGGUCACCUGUUUGUGCCUCAAAUUUGCCAGUGUGGGGAAAUUGGGACCUUGAUCUCCUUGAAAGACGGGGGUGCUGGAGUAUAUCCAAUGCUUCAUUACCACCCAUAUGAACAACACCAUGACCAUCUCCUCUACAAUAAGCCCUUGAGCCAACACUGCCUGUGUGUGACACUGGCCUGCCCUGUGCUGAGGGAUUAUAAGUGAUGACUCUGUGACAUCUCCCUCCCUCUGCACUCCCCUGGCAAGGAGCAGCAUGAGGUAAUGUCACUGCUUUUUUCUCUCAAGAUUCAGAGCCAUCAUAUGCAUGCUGUUAACAGUGAGACCUCACCUAGCUGGGCAUGAGAAUUGGGUGGCCUUGUGUUUUGUUUUCAUUUGGGGGUGGCUUUUCCUGAUUGUUUUUUGUGUGGUCAGAAUGCUUUAUAUAUUCUCAUCUUUGGCCAUCUCUAAGAAUAAAGUGAUCCUCUGGCUAC